AGGCGUCGCAAACAUUUGAUCAAUGGAUAAAAACAUUAGGACGUGACAUAUAAACCCAGUCCGGAAAUGGAAUCGCGCGCCAGAAAAGAUUUGAAUAAGUAAUUGUGAAAGCAUCGAAAAUCGGACUCGGCUUUUCCAUUAUGUUUCUUUAAUGUCGGGUUAGCUCGGAGUAAGGCACACUGUCUGCGUCGCUCGACAUGUGCAUUUGAUAACAAGGAAUAAAGACAUUAAAAAUGAGUCGGCCCGGACCAGCGCAUGCGCCCCUCGGCCCUCCCGCCUCCGAAGCGUCGGAUGGAUAGAAGAAACGGAAUAGAUCCAGUCUUUGGGUGACGACGACGCCGGUCGAUGCAAGAGCUACUCUCUGACACUGUCGAGAACUUCCUUCUGUGAAUACAUACGCACCCAGCCAGCCAGCCAGCCACACACACACAUUUUCGGGGAUAGCUUAACGCGCCUGUGUGAGUUGGUGGCGUUGUGUGUCUAUUGCUCGCUCGAGUGUGUCCCAUGCUCUUCGUAUAGACAUAGAAGUUUGCUGCUCGUCUUCCUUGCUGACCAGUCGACAACAUCUGUUCGAGCAGAUCAGGUCACAUUUUGCGUUGCCCGAAAAUCUUCGAUCGUCGCCUGUCGGCCCUUUUCGUAUUUGCAUUUCCUUCCCCGGAUCCCCCACGUUCAAUCACCAGUGAACUGCUGUGCGAGUCGCUGCUGCUCCUGCUGCUUCUUAUUGCUGCCGCCGCUUCUAAAUAAGCGCAAGUGGUGGUCGAUCGAGCUUCAGUCCACAAGGGUUCAUACCCUCGUCGUUUAUUGGUGUGCGUGAGCUCAACUGGUCCAUCGACCAGUCACCUGCGUGCCCAAGGCUUUGCCGGCCAUUGUAAAAAAAAAAAAAAGAGGAGGCGUAGCGUGUAGUUGCUGCUGCUGACGUCGCCCAACAGUUAACUUAACGGUUGGACGAUGGCCGACCGGCCGCCGUUCGCGCUGUGGUUGCCAUCGGUGAUUGUGUGCGCCGUAGCCGCUGCCGCCUACUGGAAUGCGCUGCAAUGCGGUUUCGUCUUCGACGACAUCUCGGCCAUCAAAGACAACAAGGACUUGAGGCCGCACACGCCCGUCUCCAACCUCUUCUUCAAUGAUUUCUGGGGCACGCUCAUGACCAAGGAGCAGAGCCACAAGUCCUACCGGCCGCUAACCGUGUUGACCUUUCGUCUCAACUAUCUUCUACACCAGCUGGAGCCUUGGGGAUAUCACGCCACCAAUGUCCUCCUUCACGCCGCCGUCUGCCUCCUCUACUUGCGGUUGUGCGUCAUGUUCCUAGUUCCGAGUACGGCUUUUGUCGCGGCCCUUUUAUUUGCUGUCCAUCCAAUCCACACGGAAGCGGUGACUGGGGUGGUGGGACGAGCCGAGCUACUCUCGGCCGCCUUUUCCCUGGUGGCUUUUCUCGUUUACAGCAAGAGCAUCGGCCGAUCGGGAAAAACAGGUUGGAGCGGAAUAGCUGUGACAAUUGCCCUGGUCACCUGCGGCAUGCUGUGCAAAGAGCAGGGCAUCACGGUCGUCGGCAUCUGCCUCAUCUACGAUCUCUGUGUUGUCAAUAAGCUGUAUGGCAAUCAACUAUUGAAAGUCGUCAAGGCUUCGCUUGGUGCUGGUGGACAGUUGACGGGAUCAGGGCCCAGCCACGUCGGGAGUAAGGCGCUACAUCUAGCCGCCGUCAGUUGCGGCCGGACUCGUUCCAUUUUCCCGCGUACCGCUGUUCUGACCAUGUCGACGUUGGCACUCCUGGGAGCCAGGAUGUACGUCAUGGGAUCCCAAUUGCCCGUCUUCACUCGGUUCGAUAAUCCGGCUUCAGCCUCUUCGUUUCCUAGUCGUCACUUGACCUACAAUUACCUAGCUGUACUCAACGCCUGGCUGCUGACCUUCCCGUCGUCACUCUGCUGCGAUUGGACGAUGGGCACUGUUGCCCUUGUCGAAUCAAUGACUGACCCACGUAAUCUUGCCACUCUUCUUUUCUUUUUCCUCGCCUUCCGAUUCGUUUGGGCGGCUUUUUUCCAAGGAGACCCGGUCAUCAUCAUGGCUUUCUCCUGGAUGGUGUUGCCCUUCCUACCGGCGUCCAAUUUGUUUUUCCCCGUCGGCUUUGUCGUUGCGGAGCGUGUGCUCUACAUACCAUCCAUGGGUUUUUGCAUUAUGGUCGCUUACGGAUGGUCCAAGUUAGCUGGCUACACUAAACCAAGUUGGACGAAAGCAGUUCAUUUGGGUUUCUUGCUCCUGUUCGUUUUCCACGGUCUGAAGACGUACACCCGCAACUUUGACUGGGAAUCGGAGCAGGCCAUCUUUAGUGCCGGUUUGAGAGUCAAUCAGCGUAACGCCAAGUUGUUCAACAAUGUCGGUCACGCCCUCGAAAGUCAGGCUCAGUACACCGAAGCCCUCGAAUAUUUUCUGCAGGCUGUCAAGGUUCAAGAUGACGACAUUGGAGCCCAUAUCAAUGUUGGCCGCACCUACAAUAAUCUGGGCCGGUUCAAAGAAGCCGAAGAAGCUUAUCUCAAGGCCAAAUCCUUGUUACCGAGAGCCAAGCCCGGUGAGAGUUACCAGGCCCGCAUCGCUCCCAACCAUUUGAACGUGUUUCUAAAUCUGGCCAAUCUGAUUGCUCGCAAUGAGACCCGACUCGGAGAGGCGGACGCUUUAUAUCGCCAGGCGAUUUCGAUGCGAGCAGAUUACACUCAGGCCUACAUCAACCGCGGAGACAUCCUCAUCAAGAUGAACCGAACGAAAGAAGCUCAGGAAGUGUACGAGAAAGCCCUGUUCUACGACAGAAACAAUCCAGAUAUUUAUUACAACCUGGGAGUGGUUCUGUUAGAGCAAGGGAAGCCUAGUCAAGCUUUGGCGUAUUUGGAGCGAGCGUUGGAACUGGAACCCGAUCAUCAAGCGUCUCUACUGAACUCGGCUAUCGUCCUUCAAGAAAUGGCCGCAAACGAUAAAGGCCAUCAAGAUAACGCUGAAUCGGAUUCUUCGCAGAGUGAAGUCAAUGUCGAGGUUACUCAGUGGCGCCGACGAGAAGCCACUAAACGUUUAAAACAUUUGCUACAGCUCGAUCCCAUUAAUGAAAGAGCUUUAUUCAACCUUGGAAUGUUGGCUAUGGAUAACGGAGACAUGCCAUCAGCCGAACAUUAUUUUAAAGGAUCAGUGUUACUCAAACCAAACUUUCGGUCGGCUCUCUUCAAUUUGGCCCUUUUACUCAGCGACACGGGACGACCGUUGGAAGCUGUACCUUUUCUCAAGCAGCUCGUUCAUCAUCAUCAGGAUCACAUCAAAGGUCUUAUUCUGUUGGGAGACAUCUACAUCAACAGCAUGAAGGACCUCGAAGCUGCCGAAGGAUGUUACAUCCGAAUCCUGGAGCUGGAUCCGAUGAAUGUGCAAGGACAGCACAAUUUAUGCGUUGUCUACGUUGAGCGAGGAGACUUAAGUGCUGCUGAAAAGUGUCUGCAGCAAGCCCACCGAUUGGCUCCUCACGAGGACUACAUCGUCCGCCACCUGAAUAUCGUUCAGACGCGCAUUGCCAAAUUGAUUGCCGCUCAGCAGAAAAAACAGCAGCAAAAGAAAAUCGAUAAGAAAGACCAGCAUCUUUGAUCAUUGAUCAAUGCCAUAAUUUUACCCCAGCCAUCCUUUACUCCACUCCAGAUGAUUGACGAGGCUUCUCCUGCCCAUACUGAUCCUUGUUAAUAUCUCCAUGGCGCCUAUCUUUGACUUGUUUAUUCGAUUAAGUGAUCUUCAAACGCGAGUGGCAUUUGGCGUGAGCUUUUGAGUCGUCUGUGUGUGUGUGUGUACGUAUGUAUGAUUGCUGAUUGCCUAGGUUGCUGACUGACAUUCCAAGAACUCCAUUUGCAAAACCAGAUUCAGAGUCUUUGGAAAGGGACUGAACAACUUUUCAUAUCGCUUUACUUGUAUCUCACCUUUUCCUUCAAACUACUAUCUAUUAAUCAAGUCCAGAUGUUUUAAGAGAGUACCAGAAAAGUAUUUGGAAUUUGCAGCUGAUGAAUUCAGGUUCAGUGUGAAGGUGCCUUGAUAUUUAUAAAUGUUGACAACAUAUGUGUGAAAUACGGUGAGACAUGAGAGAACAGAGAGAAAUAUUUGAUUCACGCCAUUAUUUUUGUAUGCUGGUAAAAGUGUUGGAGCUUUGCUAUCUUUUGACCUUGUCCGGUCCGGUUGUCCGUUUUUUCUCGCGUGUACUAUCACGCAAAUUGGUGGGCGGCAUAUACUAUGGAUGAGAGGAGGCUUAUUUACGUACGUCGCAGCUAAACCGCA